CGUAUUUCUACGCGCGCGGCGAGUUCGAGCCACCAGACGCGAGGUUACGUUUCGUGCACGUGUACUCGAGCACGCCGCCCUUUAACGCGGGAAUAAGUAGAGUCGAAACUCGCGAGCGGUUUGCUCGAACCAGUUUCAAACGCCUGACACCUGGAUCGACGAAUUUUCGUUAAAUCCGAAGACCAGAUCCGAAUGAAUCGAGUCAACCGUGGACGACGAUGGCGUCGCUGGGGAACAAAGCGGACGAGCAAGUCGCCAAGCCGCAGCAGAAUGGCCGCAGUCGCAAGAACGAGGAGCUGCAGCUCGAAGACAUUCAGGACAACAAUAACGAGAGCAUCGAAGUCGAGAUGGUGGUGCCGCCGGAUGGAGGAUGGGGUUGGGUGAUCGUGGCUGCCUCCUUCAUGUGCAAUCUCUUCGUGGACGGUAUCAUCUUCAGCUUCGGAGUGUUCCUGAACGACAUCUCCGAGGCUUUCGCUGUGUCCAAGGCGAGGGUCGCGCUGGUCGGCUCGCUGCAAUCAGGAUUUUAUCUUAUGGCUGGUCCUUUUGUGUCGGCGCUGGCCAACAGGUACGGCUUUAGGCUGGUGGCAAUCCUAGGAAGCGUCAUAAGUUGUGGUGCUUUUGUCCUCUCGUAUUUCAGCACAUCCAUCGAGUUCCUUUAUAUCUCUUACGGCGUCCUCGGAGGCAUCGGAGCAGGCUUGAUUUACGUGCCGGCUGUGAUAACUACCGGAUUUUAUUUUGAAAGAUGGAGAGCCCUGGCCACCGGGAUCGCGGUCUGCGGCUCCGGGAUCGGUGCCUUCUUGCUCGCACCCAUCUCUGACGUGCUCGUCAAGCAGUUUGGAUGGAGAGGCGCGUUGCUCUUCCAAGCAGGCAUGCUGUUGAAUUGCGCGAUUUUCGGCGCGAUGUUCCGGCCGUUGAAACCGACGAGGAUCAAGGUGAAGUCCACGCCCGAGAACGCUGGCUUACAAUUAGAAACAAAGAGCAGCCUAAUGGCGAGAGGGGUGUCCACUGCUUCGUUGCACUGCGUGCAGCCAGCCAGAAGCGGUUUCUUCGGCACCAACAACAACACGGAAUACCCCACGGCUGCGGAGCUGCUGGGCAGCAACCCCAACAUAGUAUACACCUCGAAGUCCUUGCACUCUCUGCACAAGGUCCACGUGGAAUUACAAGCGGAGAGAAAGCUGAGCAGCUCGGAGAAACGGCUGUCCGUCCCGAUCUAUCCCGAAUUGGACGUCACCAUGGACGACAAAAUCGCGGAAGAGGAGAACAAUCUUCUCGGUGGCGACGUGGAAAGACUGAACGGCAAAGUGCCCACGAUUCGCAGGCACACGAUUAGCGGCAGACGCCUUCGCGCGGACUCGGAAUGCAGCCAAAAGUCGCUGAAAGUGGGCAACAGGCGGAAUCCGUUCAACAAGGAUCCGCAACGGCCAUUUUACAGGGACGACAUUUUUUACGGCGGCUCUUUGAACAGGCUGCCCCAUUACAAGUCCCAGCAAUCGUCUGUGGGCUAUCACAUGUCGGUCACCCGGUUGCCAACGGCCACUGAUGUGGCUGAGGAGGAAAGCGGAAGUUGUUACAUCUGCCCCGAAAGCGUGCGGCGGAUCCUCACGACUAUGCUUGAUCUGAGCCUCCUGAAGAGCCCCUCUUUCCUCAUCCUGGCGAUCUCUGGUGGACUCACUAUGAUGGGCUUUUAUACACCCUUCAUGUACCUUCCAGAUCGAGCGAAGCUCGCAGGGAUAGAACCAUCCACAGCGAUGUUCCUGGUCUCCGUGAUCGGUAUUGGCAACACCAUUGGUCGUGUUGUCUGUGGUGUAGCGAGCAGCUUACCAGGCGUUGACGCGUUGGUAGUCAACAACAUAUUUAUCAGCGCUGGUGGACUCCUAACCGUGAUAUCCGGGCUGUCGCUCACCCAGAGCUACCAAUUCUUCUACGCUGCCACCUUCGGUAUCAGUAUAUCUGUUUUCGCCUCUCUGAGAUCGAUCCUCGUGGUGGACCUCCUGGGCUUGGAGAAAUUGACCAACGCUUUUGGAUUGCUUCUUCUGUUUCAAGGCGUGGCGGCGGCCAUAGGCGCGCCUCUUGCAGGCGUUUUCAUGGACGCCACCGGAAGCUACGACGCCUCGUUCUACCUGUCGGGGAGCCUGAUCUUCGUGUCCGCCUUGAUCUGCUAUCCCCUGAAGAGGAUCAACCAGUGGGAAACGGGGAAGAGCAACGAGCAGGUAGCGGACGAUCCCUCGAAGUCUUGAUCGUGAUCGAGAACCGUCUUGCCACCCAUAGACUGAGGUCUAUUCCGUUCGCUGUCGGGCGAUGUGUUUGUACAUACUAAUGCGUAAUAAUUUAUAGCGAGCUAGCUCGUAUCGGUAAUUAAUCCGCGCCGUAGCGGCGACGGGAGAGCGUACGCGAUCGACCAGCCAAUCGGGGACUCCGAAACGAAAGGUCUCCGAUGUCUGAAACGGUCCAGCGUUCGAGCUAGUGCAAUAGGCAGAUCAGCUUCGACUUCGCGACACGGAGGAAAGCGAGUCACCGUCCAAACGAGAACUUUCGCGUCGUGGACCAAAGGCCUCGAUCCACGAGGAACGCCCAAACGCCGUUCCCACCUGUAAAACGUGAGAUAACGAUAACAGCAACGCGUCUCUGUCGUACCAAACUUGUACCCAUGAAAUUAUAAUCGGGUGAAAACAAUGCAAAGGCGGGGAACAAUUACCGCGACUCAGCCUUCGAGCAGCCAUUUUAUUCACGAGAUCUAGAGUUUCGAAUCCUUAACGUCAGAUUUUCAUGCUCACGGUUACGGAACAUGUAAAAAUUAUUUGCUUGUAAUUAUCUAAUCAAGAGAAAAACUAUUUUAACGCAUUAACGACGGGGCAUUUUUAGUAAAACUUUCCUAUACGACGGGUGAUUUUAAUGAUGUAGAAUUCCUGCAACGUGUGAUAAGUAUUUUUGUAAUUUAAUAUAUUCUAUUGAAAUUUUCAGGAGUUAUACGUGGAUGAUAUUAGAAUUUUUUUUCCCGUCGGUGAUGUGUUAAUCAUCGAUGUCCGUAAACAUGGCGUUAUAAUUGCCCAUUUCUGCGCAGAGCACGCUCGAAACAGUAUCAAAUUCUUCUUUCGUCGAGCCUUCGAGGAUGUUCUGCGUCGCGUGUUGUCGCAUAGGUGGGAACGUGGAUUCUCGAACAAAGUUCUCAGUUUCCGCAGAAUGUUAAUCGUCGCGAAACCAGUUCCCAAACGCGUGACUUCUUUUAUAUUCUGAGGGGCUUGUCGCGCGCUCCUACGCCAUUUGCAACAGAAGUCUGCGACAAUUGGUCGAGGCGGUGAGACAUUUUAUUAAACGUAGUGUAUUAAGAGAGAAUAUAUCGAAUGUUAAUCGUCGACGCGUCGUUUUAAGAAAAUUGUUUUCGAACGUUCCCUCGGUGCUACCAUAAUCAGGCAGCCGGUUAAUAUUGAUCUUCGAGGGUCAUAAUUUUAUACACAUAUAGCAGAAGAGUACUCGAAAUACAUAAGACUUAAAAAAAUAGCUUUUCGUAGUAAAAUAUUACACGCACAUAAUGGUCCAGUAUCGGCCCUGUUUGUUACAACAAAUUAAUAAUCCGUGAAGCUUCCUACGAAGAAUUUCGUUUCUAGACAAUCGAUAAUCAUGUGAUCAAAGAUUUCUCGUAGUACUUAUUUUUCUGAACUCGUUAAAAUUCACGAAUUUAAUGCAGAUUUAUUUUUGUUAACGUCUCGUUCUCGAGGAUUUAAGGCCGUAGAGAAGAGAUAUGUCCAAUUGCGGGCGACGUAGCAGUCAGCGAGUUAUAGAGAAUUAUAAAGGAGUUUUACACGCAACAUGACCAACAGAUUAUAUACUCUUAUUGUUAGACACAAGCGUGUUUGCGAGUUAGAUAAGCACCCGUGAUCUUUAAACAUCGAUCUAUUUUUGCUAUAAUUACGUGCUGCUGAGAGCAAACUGCUAUGUAUACGAUAGCGUACUCUAGUUACCUUCUAACGGGUUCCGCGAUAGCCACGCCUAUUUUCAUUUCUUAUAUAGUGGAACAAUAUGUUUUGUAAGUUUAGUUCGAAUUCAAGGUCACUUGUUUUUUUAUUUCUGCAUAUCCUACGCGAGUAGAACGUGGAAAGUUGCGAAGAAACAGUCCAUCGAAAAUGAUCCGUCUUCCCACGAAAGUUGUUAAAGCUUUGGCUAAUCAGAAUCCGUGGCGUUGGUUCCACUGUGUCUUCCACGUUCGUAAACACCAAUGUUAUUCGUGUGUACUCGUAAUAACAGAAGAUAAAGGGAUUACGUUUUUCUUUCAGGGUCAAUUUUAUAGAAUUUAAAUAUUCGAUACCAGUUUAUUACGAGAAAAUGCUUUUUAUAGCUUUCAUAGAUGAAAUUGAAAUUUAUGUGACAAGAAGAUGGAACUUUUCGAAGGAAUUGUUUUUAAAAAAUGAUUUAUUCUACCCUCUUUCAGGGCUAAUUUUAUAGAAUUUGAAUAUUCGAAACGUUACUAGUUUAUUACGAGAAAAUGCUUUUUAUAGCUUUCAUAGAUGAAAUUGAAAUUUAUGUGACAAGAAGAUGGAACGUUUCGAAGGAAUUGUUUUUAAAAAAUGAUUUAUUCCACCUCCACAUUGUCGUAGGGAUAGUUAUAGUGUAAUAUUUGUCUUGUAAAUCCCCACUCUAGAGUUUAAUAAUUUCAUCUCCAAUAAUACAGAAGACAGAGACACUAGAAACAUUAACAAUCUACUGUCCCUGCAGCCAUCUCCCAAACGCACAGUACAAAUCGUAACGUUUUAUUUCCACAAUCAAUUUUGCACAAACAUGAACAAUUUUUUAUAGAGAUAUUCGAACUCGAUCUCCACGAAUUUGUAUCCUGCAUCUUGUGUAGAGUACGUAGAAGAUAAAAAGAAUUUGACCUCGAAUUUCCAUUUCGAAUCGAAUGUAUAGGCUUCCUCAGAAGUCUUUAGCAUUAUGGCCUACACUUUGUACGUUAUCGUCGUCGAUAGCGCGAGGUGUUCCGGAAGCCACACAUAGCUUCCGGGUUACCUCACGAGUUAUAUUUCUAUUAUGAUUAAGUUCACGAUCACGCGACCAGUACGUUAAAGGCGUAUGUACUUGCACGAACGAGUACGCGUAAUCUCGAUAGACAGCGCUGUUAGGGUAUCCCAGAAAAUAUUGCAUAUUUCGAAACGGUGCAAUAUAUGCUUCAACAGUUGUUAAACUUCGAUGAGCAAUUAAAACAUUUCGUGUCCUCCCCUUCCUUGAAAUUGCGAAACGCCCUCUAGUCAUAACUGUCGAAUCAUCGAAUGCAAAAUUUUUUAUAAUCGGUGCAAAAAGAAUUUUAAUUUGAAAUAGGUUUGAAAAUAACCAGGAUGCAUGGUACCUGAAAUAUGCAAUAUUAUCGAGGGAAUCGUAACGAUUAUAGGGUUAAUUAACUAUUCGAUAUCCGGCGCUCAUGGUCCGGACGAUGGCCCCCUGUGGGCGCGAGGACUUGCUCAAAAAUGAAAUCCGUUCCUAGUGUUCCUAAUUAAUUAUCUACCUUAGUAUUUAAAAGCUGAUGCAAUCCGUCUUGAAGCGCGAUCGUCGCCAGUCGCGCGCCAUUUUGAAUCGUCGGACUGGUCUAACCUUAAUUUUUAAACGCAGCGACGUUUUGUCUGUGUUUCUAUACGGGGCCUGCAGUAUUCGGGAAUGAUUCCUCGCGACAAAAUAAAUCGAGAAUCGUUGGUUAGGGACACGGACGCCAUAUUGGUUCCUCGACUAGGAGAUUUAAUUUUCUCGACGACAGAAGCCACGCGCGAGUAAAAUGUAUUCCGUGAUUUCGAUUCAGUUUUGGACGAGGAAUCGUUUCGUUUAUGCCACGAAUCACGACGUGCCUUGUAUAAAAUGUAUCAUAGCGUGUGGCGAUCGUUCACAUUUUAAGCGAUGCCCAAACGUUGCAAUACAUCCUGUACACAA